UUGCACAAGUUAUUUAUAUCUACGAUAAAAGUGAACCAAUCCCAAACAUUUGUAAAUCGCAAUGAUUCCAAUAGUAAUACUUUCAAUAUGCCUAGUAAAUGUGGCGUCUUCUCUAACUCUCAACAAUAAUGCAACCUUCUCGGCUGAAAGACUUUUGCAAAACGAUCAGAGCGUUAACCUUGAUAUUAUACAUCCACAAUUAAUAAGCAUUGAACAUUUGCAGGCGUUGCUGCAACGAGCCACUCAACUAUUUCAACCGGUACGCGUUCAACAAACGGAAUCCUUAGCCAAUUCUGACCAACAAAUUAACGUACCACCGCAAUAUAUGCAACCGCCUUCUAGCAAUCCAUAUAAUUUUUAUAUGCCACUCUAUGAACACGACGGGGAGGAUAAGAUACUAAAUAAUAAACUUGAUGAACGCAGUCGCAAGUUGCAAAAACUCAUACCACCGUCAGCGGCAAUUAUAAUUCAACAGGAUUUUCUUAAAUCCAAUUAUGCUACAAAAGCAAAAAAGUCACCAAAAAAAUUUGAUUCUCAUCUUAAGCAUAUCAAUGUUAAAUGGUUAAAUAGCUACGAAAAGCAAUUUUCUUCUCCAGAUAAUAAGAAGGCAAUGACGGUACCAAAAGCUGUGUAUCUGAUUAAUGACGAACGUAAUCGAAUCAAUUUCGAUGAUUCGUUUUUCAGUGCUAAUAUGACAGUAAAAGAAACCGAUAAUAAAAUGAAAAAAGCGAAAUCGGAUCAACUAAAUCAAAGUCAUCAGCUUGAAGAGGACUCGUUCGUGGCAUCAAAAUUUCAAUUACCUGUAAUUAAAAGAAACGAUAAAACAAUAAUAGCUAGACGAACAUAA